AUAUGGUGACUUCUUCCUGGACACUUGGCACAAAGAUGUGCACACUAUCCUGGUUUAUUCUAGUUGUGCUGUGUCACAACUCAGUGGCCCUGACAAGAACGUAUUACAUUGCUGCCAGGGAACUAGACUGGGAUUACAAGGAUAGCAGCCUGCUGUCUGCACUACACAGGCAGAAAGAUGGAAAGUCUCUUCAAUCUGGUUUAUAUCGAAAAGUUGUAUAUGUGGAAUAUACAGAUGCCUCAUUUGAGCACACAAAGCCAAGGCCGGACUGGACAGGUCUCUUAGGACCCACAAUUCGAGCAGAAAUGUACGAUACCAUCAUCAUCCACUUUAAGAACCUUGCAAGUCGUCCAUACAGUGUGCAUGGGGUGGGAGUGUCAUAUGGAAAAAGCUCAGAGGGAGUCGGUUACAGAGAUGGAACUAGCCAAUCAGAGAGGGCUGACGAUGCUGUGGCUUCUGGAAAGGAACACAUUUACAUUUGGAAUAUCCCAGAAUCCUACGGGCCAACAUUAUCAGACCCUCCAUGUGUAACCUCUGCCUACUACUCCCACAGUAACUCUUCACAUGACAUGAACGCUGGACUGGUGGGUCCCAUCAUUAUCUGUAGGCCUGGAUCCCUCUCUGAAGAUGGAUCUCAGCAGGGAACCCAGGAAAAAAUCCUUCUAUUUGCUGUAUUUGACGAGAAUAAUAGUCCUAACAAAACGGGAGAGAAUGAAGAUCAAGUGCACACAAUCAAUGGCUACACCAAUAGAUCCUUGCCUGAAAUGGUUCUGUGUCAUCGCAAACCUGUGACUUUUCAUAUUAUUGGAUUUGGAAGCCAUUCUGAGGUCCACAGCAUCUCACUAGAGGGUCACAGCUUUGUAAUGAGUGGACAUCGCGUCAGUAAUAUGCCUGUCACAGCUUUCACCUUCAUAACAGCAUCAACCCAACCAGGAGAAAGUGGUGUAUACAAUUUGUCCUGCCAGACUCCCUCACACCCAGCAGGCAGGAUGGCAGCCCUGGUCAGGGUAGAGGUCUGUACAGAAGAGCCAAAAAAACAGAUGCGUAAAUCGGGUGCCUAUGAUUAUGAGGAGGAAGAUGAUGAAUAUUAUGAUUCCAUUGUACUGGAGCUAGACGAGGAUCCAUCCCCCCUCAGGAUUCGAUCUUCUGGAAAACUGAGACCUGUUACAUGGACACAUUAUAUUGCUGCUGUGGAGGUGGAAUGGGACUACCGUCCCUCCAGCAAAGAGAGGACUAAAAAGAGCUUCCGCUAUACAAAGGCUGUAUACAGAGAGUUCACAGAUUCCAGUUUCUUGCAUCAAAAGGAAUCCGAGCUUCCAGGAACUGGUAUCUUGGGGCCUGUACUUAGAGGAGAAGUGGGAGAUCAGAUCAAGAUUGUUUUCAAGAACCUGGCUCAUCACCCUUAUAACAUGUACCCCGAGGGUAUAGGCAGUGUAAGCUCUGAACUUCCUCAUUUGACAGGGGAACAGCUCAAAGAUCAUCCAGUUUACCCCAAGGAAUCAGUUACCUAUAUCUGGCAUGUGACCCAACAUGAUGCACCCACCUCCAGUGACAGGCGUUGCCUCACUAGAUUUUACUCAAGUUCACUUGACCCAAAAAGAGAUCUUGCAUCCGGGCUUAUUGGACCUCUCCUCAUCUGCAAAAAGCAGACAUUAGACCAACGUGGAAAUCAGGUUGUCACAAAUAAAGAACGCCUCCUUGUGUUCUCUCUGUUUGACGAAAGCAUCAGCUGGUAUAUUGAGAGAAACCUACAAAAGAUUUAUGGAAACAUAUCUGAAAACCAUAUCUUCAACAGAAAUGCUGAAAAACUCAAGCCAAUGCACACUGUGAACGGUCUCAUGGACUCUCUUCACCUCAGCCUGUGUCUGAAUGAGGUCAACUUAUGGCAUCUUCUGAGUCUUGGACUGGACACAGAACUUUUGUCCAUUUACUUUGGGGGUAACACAUUCAGAACAGACUCAGGCUACCAAGACACAUUAACCCUCUUCCCACAAAGUGGAGAGACCAUAGAGAUGGUUAUAGAGAUCGCAGGUCAGUGGACUGUUGCCCCCCUGGACCCUUCGGUGGCAGCUCUGGGUAUGAGAGCAUCUCUCAGUGUCUCAGAGUGCUACCUUAUUGAGGAUGGAAUUUAUGAAUAUGACUAUGAAGAGCUGUACGAUAACCAGCCAUACAUUAACCCUAGGGGCAUUCCAGUAAAGAGGCCCCAUUCACAUCGAAGAAAGAUUCCACAAGAAAGGAAAAUAAACAAAGAGGGACACAAUCAGAACACAUCUAUACCACAAUGGCUUCAUGUAACUCAUAAAAACCUGAAAUCUAACAUAGAGACACAGAAAAUAAGGGAGGAAACAGGGAACCUGAAAAAUGAAACACAGACAGAUGAAUCAGUGAAACAGAAAGCGUCAGAAAAAUGGAAACUUGAAGCUUAUACAAAGGACUUGGCAUCAGGAAAAAUAGAACAGGGCAUGGAAAUGCAAGAGCUUGAGUUGGGAAGAGCAGAAAAUGAGUCAGGAAGAGAAGAGGAGAAGAUGGGAAUAAAGGAACGAAUGUCAGAAAAUAUUAAGAUAAGAAUGAAAACAGAUAAGCCAAAGUCAGUUCCAGAAGAUUAUGAGAUGAGAAGAGAGGACACAGAUUCUGCAAGUAUGGUACAGGGAAAUGGAAUGGAGAUGUCAGGUACUAAAAGAGUGGAAAGGGAGGAACCAGUGGUAAAAAGAAAGUUUGUGAAGAGAGAAACCAGAAAUUCAGUAACAGGAACUGAAGAAAGUGGAGAAUAUGUAGCAGAGAUUGAGGAAGCAUUGAAUGUGACACUGAAUUCUGAACCUUUAGGUUAUUAUCAUAACAAUAUGGAGGAUGAAGUUCAAGUAACGGUUCCUACAAGAGAUGAAAGAAGCUCAGUAAACAACAUAUCAGCUACAGGUUCUAGAGAUCUAAAUGGGGAGACGGAACAUACAAGUUUGAAAAACCAUUCGACAAGCGGAUUUUAUGAUGAUUACAGCAUCACAGACACAGAGGAUAUAGAUAUGUAUGGGGAGCAGUCGGAUAAAGACCCUCGCAGUCCGGAUGAGCAAUUGCGCACCUAUUACAUUGCUGCUGUUGAAGUUAUGUGGGAUUAUGGAGCAGGAAAUUCACCUUAUUUUAUUAGAAAAAUACCCUGUGUCUCUGAAGGGUUUCCACAGUACAAGAAAGUUGUUUUCAGAGAAUAUUUGGACAUUCAUUUUACGGAACAAGCAACACGGGGAGAGAGAGAUGCCCACCUGGGACUGCUAGGGCCCUACAUUCGAGCAGAGAUCAACGAUGCCGUAAUUAUCCACUUUAAAAACAUGGCAUCUCGUCCUUACUCAUUCUACUCCAACAUCCUAAAUCUGAAAGGACAGACAGAGGAGGUACCCCCUCAACAAACACGUACAUACACUGGUAGAGUGAGUGCUCAGUUGGGACCAACAGAGACAGGAUCAGAGUGCAGAGCAUGGCUUUACACCUCUAAUGUCCACUCCAACAAAGACCUGCAUUCUGGUCUUGUUGGUCCCUUCCUUGCCUGUCGUCCUCAUGUGCUGAGCCGUUCCUUUGAUCGCCAGCUGUCUGUGCAAGACUUCUCUCUUACAUUCAUGGAGAUAGAUGAAACACAGAGUUGGUAUCUAAGUGACACCCUACAACAACAGUGCCCUUUAGCCUGCACCCAACAAGGUCCACUUGGGACCUCAUGCCCACAAGUCUGCAAUAGUCAAGACCCUGACUUCCAAAGAAGACACACCUUCUACGCCAUUAAUGGCCAUGUUGGUGACACCUUGCCUGGACUUAUCUUACCGCUACACCAGAAAGUGAGGUGGCAUCUUGUCACUGUGGGUACCUGGGAGAUUCUCACUGUUCAAUUCCAUGGAAACAUCCUAACAUCUCGAGAUCCGCAUGAGAGACGCCUCAACCUACACAGCCUCUACCCUGGAGUACUGGUAACCCUAGAGAUGGUCCCACAGUCUGUUGGUGCCUGGCGUGUAGAAUCCGAAGGAAAAUUCCAGGAUUGUGGACUAACUGCGCUUUACAUUGUGUAUGACCGAGGUUGUCGGAUGCCCCUUGGUUUGUCAUCUGGAAAAAUCAAAGAUUCUCAGAUUUCUUCGUCGGGGUAUUAUGACUCCUGGGGACCGUCACUUGCCAGAUUGGACAACAGUGGAUCUAUAAAUGCCUGGAGUGUGGAAAAUGUCAAUUCCUGGAUACAGGUGGACCUCCUUACCCCAACACUGGUGCAUGCAGUUCAUACACAGGGAGCACGUCAUCGGCUCACAUCACUCUAUAUUUCUCAGUUUGUUAUAUGCUACAGUCUGGAUGGAGAAUUCUGGCAUCAGUACCAGGGAAAUGCCAGUGCCAACCAAAUGGUAUUUUUUGGGAAUGUAGAUGCCUCCACUGUCCGUGAAAAUGUGUUUGAUCCUCCAUUCAUUGCUCGCUACUUUCGUCUCCACCCAACCCACACUGGACCUAGAGCAGCGCUGCGCAUGGAGCUCUUAGGCUGUGACAUUUCAAGCUGUUCUUUGCCACUUGGUCUGCAGUCGGGUACUCUAACUUCAAAAAGUCUCUCAGCAUCCUCUUACCUUAAUUCUGUCUUUUCAUCAUGGGAACCAAAUUUAGCAAGAUUGAACCAACGUGGAAGAGUCAAUGCAUGGAGACCACGGGUGGAUACCCCUGGUGAAUGGCUGCAGUUGGAUUUUGGUCAUCGCAUGAAAGUGACUGGACUGCUGAUACAGGGAGCUCGGUCUGGAUUCAGUUCCAUGUUCAUCACACAAUUCUCUUUGAGCACCAGUGAUGAUGGCAAAUCAUGGGAACCUGUGAGAGGAGUGAAGGGGAAACCUAAGAUUUUUCAGGGAAGUCAAGAUACUGAUACGCCAUUCUGGGUCACCCUGGGGUCCCCUUUCAUAAAGCGUUAUCUGAGAGUACAUCCAGAAAGCUGGAAGGGAGGUAUUGCCUUGAGGAUGGAAGUCCUGGGAUGUGAAAGUUCUUGAAGAUGAAAACUACAACAAAGACCCCUUGUACUUAUAUCUCCUGAACUGCACUUUUCUUUAUUUCAGCCACUCUUUUGUCUCUUGAAACAUUCCUCUUCAUAUAAUACUCAAUCCAACCCACAUAUUCCAUAUGUUGCUUUCUAUAGCAUGGUUUCCUUGUCUGUUUAUUCAGCAUUGUUCUUCACCUGGCUAACCAUUCAUCAUUUCCCAUUUUCUUCAAUAUUUGUUUUUUUCGCUCUUAUAUGAUCAUUACUAUAGUUUUCUUCUUAUAACCAGUUCAGAUGUUAAUACAUUUCAUCAGCUAAGAUCCACAGUCUGAAGAAUGUGCAUCAUGUUAUGUAUGUGCCUCUGUAUGUUCAGGAAAUGUUUGUAGACUAUUUAAAUAUCCAAUAUUAGCCUCACUAAACUCAGUCACUUGUCCGUGCCUUAUAUCAGAGAUUGUCUACAUCAUCGUGUUGUUUACUGUAAACUUAAGGAAAUAAUAAUAAUUGUAUUAAUUUUAUUAAUUAUUUUAUUAAAAAGUGACAAUGAUAGCACACCCUGCGCAUUACUAUCAAUAAUGCUCUAUUUAUAAUAUUUGCCAUAAUUUAAACUACCUGACUGGUAAAGUAAUUAACCAAACGGGGUUAAAAGCAGCAGAAUUGAGCCCUGAUUAGCAAAGGGACGGUUAAUAAAGAUUUCAGGUCAAUUAGCUUAUGCUUAGUUAUUCAGCCUCAUACCACAUUCUACGGAUCAGAUUUGAAAACUGUAUUAAACUGGUAAAGCCUAGGGGGUUGGGGAGCAUCUAAAGAUCCAUAAUGCGGUUGGAGUAUUUUAUGUGUAACAUUCUUUCAUACAAGGUGUGGUGCAGCUUGCAGUGAUUUCUACAGGCUGUCAUUUAAAUAUAUGUUAUUAGGCCUAGUUGGGAAGGGGUCCAUAUGACCACUGGGUUAUCAUCCACUGGGAAUGUGGCCUUCUUGUGCCAUAAAACAACAUAAUAUGUCAUGAAAACAGUUUAUGUCUUUAUCUUGGAACUUUAACUUAACGCAAUUUUAGGAUAAAAAAAACUAUAAUCAAUAAACCUUUUAGUAAGACCCAUUAAAGCCAAACUAUAUAAGAAUAUGUCUGCAAAAAGCACAUAUCUAUUUUAUUUAGAUUUGAUCACCAUGCAUGUGUAUUUUAAACCCAAUAUUUCAAAAAGUCCAUUCUGUCCUUAAAAUUGUUAUUGUUUAAAAAGAUAGACAACACCUUUACUACCCAUUCCCCAGCUUGGCACAACCAACAUUGUUAUAUUAAUAUACUUUAUAACAUUUAAACCUCUAAAUUUCUGCUGGUCUCUAGGCCACUACAGACAGCCUCUUAUCACUUGCUUUUUAAUUUGCUUUUGACAACAGGAGACUGAAAGCACUAAUUGGCUAAAAUGCAAGUUAAUAGAUAAUAAAUAAAAAUAGAUAAUAAAUAAAAAGUCAUGUGAUCAGGGUGCUGUCAGAAGAUGCUUAGAUACAAGGUAAUCACAGAGAUAAAAAGUAUAUUAAUAUAACUGUGUUGGUUAUGCAAAACUGGGGAAUGGGUAAUAAAGGGAUUAUCUAUCUUUUAAACAAUAAACAUUCUGGUGAAGACUGUCUCUUUAAAGCUAGAUUUGUUUGGGAUUUUUUGCUUUGUAAUUUAUUUAUUUUUUAGAUCCUAUGCUAUUUUAGUAGUCAUUUUGAUUGUUAGUUAUGUUCAUCUGCAGAUUGAUUUAUAGUUUAGGUGAGGCAAACCUAUAUUUCUGAUGCUAACAGUUCCUUAAAUGCGCUUUUAUGGCAGAACAGAUAUUUUUUAUUUAUUUUUCUCAAUUUGUGGCCCCCUAUUCCAGUCCAUUAGCAUUUACAAUGUGACAACUUUGAACAUUUGAAUUAGACUACCCAAAAUUUAGAAUACAAUAUAGCAUGAAAAUAAGUUUGUCUUACUAUUGAGGGCCAGAUUAAAAGGGGAGCAAUAUAUAUAUAUAUAAUUUUUUUAUUUAUUUUUUAUUUUUAUUUUUCUCAGCCUCCUACCCUUCUAGAUUGUAAGUUCCCACGGGAAUAGGGUCCCUCAAUUCCUCCUGUACGUGUUUGUAAAUUUUGUCCUGUCUCUUAAAAGUUUUAUAUCAUUGUUUUAUUUAAAUGAAUUGUAUCCACCAUGGACAGCGCUGCGGAAUAUGUUGGCGCUUCAUAAAUAAAGUAUAAUAAUAAAAAGUUAUAUAUAUAUAUAUAUAUAUAUAUAUUACUGUAUCUAUAAUAAUUAGAGCGAGAUAGAGAGAGAGAGAUAAAUAUGUAUUUAAAAAAAAAAAAUCCUGUGUGAAGAACAUUAGAAUAUGAAAUAUUAAUAACGUGCAAUGUGUUAUUUUGGGGCAAAUACAUUAGCGUGAUUGAAAUAUCUGAAACCCUUAGCUUAGCACACAUCAGGUUUUUCUUGAGCACAACAGUUUUGAUUUCAAUUUGUAAUACAAGUGCUAACUCACAUGCACAAAAGGAUUACUUCUGGCGGUGAGAGCGUUAAAUAGCGAUCCACUUGUAAUCUAGCCCAAUAUAAAUAAUAAUGUGUGCAAUUAACAAUGUAGUAUUAUAUAUUAUUUUAUAUAAGGUUUAACAUUUUUGUAAACACCCAAACAAAGUUGCUAUGCUAAUAUUUGAGUUGUUUUAUAGUUUAAAAAAAUGUUACUUAAAGGGACAGUCAACACUAGAAUUUUUGUUGUUUAAAAAGAAAGAUAAUCCCUUUAUUACCCAUUCCCCUGUUUUGCAUAACCAACUCAGUUAUAAUAAUACACUUUUUACCUCUGUGAUUACCUUGUAUCAAAGCCUCUGCAAACUUCCCCUUUAUUUCAGUGCUUUUGACAGACUUGCUUUUUAGCCAAUCAGUGUUGACUCCAGGGUAACUUCAUGUGCAUGAGCUCAAUGUUAUCUAUAUGAAACACAUGAACUAAUGCCCUCUAGUGUUCAAAAUGCAUUCAGAUUAGAGGUAGCCUUCAAGGUCUAAGAAAUUAGCAUAUGAAUCUCCUAGAAUUAGCUUUCAACUAAGAAUACCAAGAGAACAAAGCAAAAUUGGUGAUAAAAGUAAAUUGGAAAGUUGUUUAAAAUUACAUUCCCUAUUUAAAUCAUGAAAGGUUUUUUGGACUUGACUGUCCCUUUAAGCUAAUGUUCUAAUAAUCUAUGAAACAAUCAUGCUUAUUAAUAUGUAAAUAAUUGCAGGAGUUUCCAUGCUGAAAGCCAUUUGAAAUGGACCAGAAUGGCCUUAAAGGGACAUUAAACCCGAUUUUUUUCUUUCAUGAACGACAUUCCAAUUUACUUCUAUUACCUAAAUUGCUUAAUUCUUUAGAAAUCCUUUGUUGAAGAAAUAGCAAGGCACAUGGGUGAGCCAAUCAAGCAAGGAAUCUAUGUGCAGCCACCAAUUAGCAGCUACUGAGCCUAUCUAAAUAUUCUUUUCAGCAAAGAAUAUUAAAAGUAUGAAGCAAAUUCUAUUUAAAUUAGAAAUGUGUUUAAAAUUACAUGCUCUGUCUAAAUCAUGAAAGCAAAAAUGUGGGUUUAAUGUCCCUUUAAAUAUGAAAAUGCACAAAAAUAUAUCCAAAACACUUCAAACAGCUCUUCUAAUGGACUGUAAUUAUUAUUAUUAUUGGUUAUUUGUAGAGCGCCAACAGAUUCCGCAGCGCUAUAUAUACUUCCCCUUUUAUCUAAAUAUAAUUGCAUCUUACUUUUCUUCUAAAAUAAAGGAGAUGACUUUAUGAAGCUAAUCACAGCCUUUGUAACCAUAUAUCAUUUACUUUCUUAAGACAAUCUUAGCUUUUUAAAUAUUUCUAGAAAUUGCCAUCCGUCCCAACCUCUUUUGAACUUUCCAAUGAUUCUUUGGGGCCUAUCUAUCAAGCUCCGAAAGGAGCUUGAUGCCCCGUGUUUCUGGCGAGUCUUCAGACUCGCCAGAAACAGCAAUUAUGAAGCAGCGGUCACAAAGACCGCUGCUCCAUAACCCUGUCCGCCAGCUCUAAGCAGGCGGACAGGAAUCACCACAAUUCAACUCGAUCGAGUACGAUCGGGUUGAUUGACACCUCCCUGCUGGCGGCUGAUUGGCCGCGAGUCUGCAGGGGGUGGCGUUGCACCAGCAGCUCUUGUGAGCUGCUGGUGCAAUGCUGAAUACAGAGAGCGUAUUUGUUAAAUAGGGGCCUUUGCCUCUCUAGUAUCUCUUGUUGGACAUGCCAUAUUAAAACAUGUCAUCUUCAUUUCCCCUCUCAACCUAAACCCAAUCCAGACCUCGUCAUAUUAUUCAGCAUAGUGGAUCCAGUUUCUUCCAUUCCAAACUUGUAUAUUAGUUAAUCCUCAUUCUUAGCUAUGUCUAUCCGCCUCACCAUACCAACCUAGUCACAAGUCUCCUCUUAUCUGAUCUUGUCUACUCUCUGCCAAUCUGAUCUCCAAAUAUUACUUUUCUUAAGACAACAAUUGUCCUAGUAAAGUCUACCUAAUUCUGAUCUUGAUGGUCAGACAAUCCUCUGGGCUGUAUAACCUCAAUAAGCUUCCUGAUUUCCAGAUCAGACUUUUUCCAAGAAUGGGCAUUAUUUGUUUUGUAUUUUAUGAAAGACGCUCUUUGUAUGCUUCUAUGUUUUUGCUCCUUAAAACAUUUUGUAGUGAUUUGUGACUAUUUGGUAUGUUGUGCUGUUAAUGCACUGUAAUAAAAUCUGAAAUAGAUUGACAUUUUUUUAAAUUAAAGUUGUUAUUAUAAUA